AUGGGGUCAAAUUGGAUGUUCAGCGAGUCGGUAAAAGAAUUAACUGGAAGUCAGUUGAGGCAUUCAUCCGAUGAUAGCGAUGGAACAGCUGCCAUAACACAAACGCGACGUGAUCCGGCAAACAUUAAGAAGAUUCUGCUAACACGCAAAUAUCGCGACACCAAUGUUUACAAUGACAUUGGUAUUCGAGUAACAGGUGGUAAGAAACUCCCAAACGGUGAACUUGCAGCAUUCAUUUCAACAGUGAAUCGCGGAAAGGCUCGGGAAAUAUUAGGCGAGAUAAAAGAAGGAGAUCGUGUUUUGGAAUGGAAUGGCGUCUUAUUAACUGGAAAAACAUUUGAGGAAGUGGAGCAAGUGAUAGCCGCCAGUCGGGGUGAAAUUGAAGUAGUUGUUGCCAGCAAUCCGAUAAGCAGUAUGCAAGUGACAUCGAGUGAUCUUGGGAGAAGCAAAGGUACUGAAAAGCAAAGAAGCAGACGAGAACGAAAACAUGAUGAAACACGGGGUCACUCACAGAAAUCAGAAGCCCCACCAGUACCUGUACAUCGUUGCGCAGAUGGACAAACUUCUCUCUCUUCAGAUUCUUAUGCUGCUUUGAAACCAUCAUUGAACAGUAAAACAGUCUCUUUACAAUCACGUAACAAUGUUGCCUGCAUGCAGCAGCCUGAUACGUUGGGUUAUUUGAAUGUGGCCUUAACAUACAAUCGGUUAACAUUAACACUUAUGGUAACAGUGCUUUCGGCUAAGAGCCUCGCAUGUCGUCAGUAUUGCAAUGAAACAUUUUAUCCGAAUCCUUUCGUCAAAGUCUACUUGUUACCGGGAAGAAGAGUAUCUAGCAAGCGUCGAACCAAAUUCGUGCCAAAUACCUCAGAUCCAGUAUGGGAUCAAACACUAGAAUAUACAAUACCGUUUCAUGAACUAUACAGUCAUUAUCUGGAAUUUACAGUGUGGGAUUACGACAGAUUCAAUGAUAACAACGCUUUAGGAAAACUUGUCAUUAGUCUUUCAGAUCCGUACGUUUUGGAUGGUACUUCACGUUGGUACCUACUUCAUCCAACAGACAGUGAUUUAGCUGUGCUAGGCUUACCUAGUCCGGAAUUCCAAACAACAAUUGGUACUACAAAUGGAUGUGCUAUGCCUCAUUAUAACCCAACAUCUUUGGAUAUAAAUUGUCCAACCAUUUGGUGA